AACCUAACCUAGAAGAUUCAAUUACGGUCUUGAUCAUAAUUUUUUUAUCUUUUGAUAUUGGGUCAAUUAUCAUUCAUAUUAUAACCGAACACAUAAAAAGAAGAAGAUUUAGGUAUUUACAAAAAUUUAGAAUAAAAAUAUAAAGUAAACGUCAAAACUAUAUUAUAAUAAAUCUGACAAUUUAGAGAAGUUCAGUAAUAAUGAAAAAUUAAAUUUUUAAUAAAACAUGAAUUUUAGCUACUUGUUACAAACAAAAUCUACCCUUCGUUAUUUAAACGUAUACAGAAGUUAUUAUUCAGUUAAAAAAAAACUUAUAAAAGAUGAAAAUUAUUUACCUCGACAAAUAUAUCAAAAAAUCAAAGUCAAAGGACCUAUCACUAUAGCCGAUUAUAUGAAGGAAGUUCUCACUAAUCCUACAGUUGGUUACUACAUGCAGAAAGACAUGUUUGGAGAAACUGGAGAUUUUAUAACAUCUCCUGAAGUUUCUCAGAUGUUUGGUGAAAUGAUAGCGGUAUGGUUACUGAACGAGUGGCAAAAAAUGGGAUCUCCCAAACCCCUACAACUUAUAGAACUUGGUCCAGGCAGAGGAACUUUAGCUAGUGACAUUUUAAAAGUGUUCAACCAUUUUAAAGUUCUUCAAAAAACAAGUUUGCAAUUAGUUGAAGUAAGUCCAACAUUAAGUGAAAUACAAGCAAAAAAGCUUUGUAGUCAAAGUACACUUAUAGGCGAAAAAGUUCCAGUAUACAGAACAGGUAUAACAAAGGAAGGUAUUCCUAUAAACUGGUACAAGCAAUUGAGUGAUGUACCGAGAUGUUUUAGUCUACUAAUUGCCCACGAGUUUUUUGAUGCUUUACCUAUUCACAAAUUUCACAAAACAUACAGUGGGUACAAAGAAGUGCUCAUAGAUAUUGAUCCAAGUUAUGAGCUGAAUAAUGAGAAUCUUGAACCAAAAUUUAGGUACGUUCUUUCGCGUCAUGAAACUCCUAUACAGAAGAAACUGAUUAGUCCCCACGAAAAAAGAGACCAUGUGGAAAUAUCGCCCGAUUCUAUGAUUAUCCAAAGAGAUAUAUGUGAGAGAUUGAAGUAUUCUGGUGGUUUGGCAUUGAUUUGUGAUUAUGGUCAUUACGGAUCUGGUACUGAUACAUUUCGAGCUUUUAAAAAACAUAAACAAGUUGAUCCUUUGAUUCAACCAGGCUCGGCUGAUCUGACAGCAGAUGUAGAUUUCAGUUCUAUUAGACAAGUAGCAGAUGAAGUAAAAGGAAUUUUAACAUUGGGUCCAGUGAAUCAAAGAGAUUUCCUCCUCAAAACAGGUUUAGAGUUACGAUUUAAAGCUCUGAAAGAGAAUCUCACCAGUUCCAGGGAGUUAUACAACUUAAAUAAAUGUUAUAGCAUCCUCAUAGAUGCGGACAAGAUGGGAGAACGGUUCAAAUUUAUGGCACUUUUUCCUGAAACCAUGAAGAAAAUUUUAGACAGAUUUCCGGUUGUUGGGUUUUCUUAAAAGCAAAGUCGGAAGUUUAUUACUAUCUAGUACAUUUUCACUAUUGCCAAAUGUAUGUCGAUUUUUCUAAUCAGUUUAUAACUGUGAUAAUUCUAUUAAUAAAUAUAUUUAUACAAAAAACA